AUGGAUUGGACGACGGAAACCCCCAACACAGAACCGUCCUUGGUCACGGCAACACCAUCGACCACCGAGUCCUUGGUGGAUCCUGCCAAGAUGAAGGUUGGAUAUUUUGGCAACGAAUUCCCCCACGAUGAUCUGCAUGAUCUGUCUCGUCGGCUGUACAAUUGGAGCAAGGACAGACAACAUACCUUGCUGGCGACAUUCAUCCAUGAGGCCACUUCAGCCGUGCGGGAGGAAGUCCGCUUAUUGCCUGCUACGCUGCGAGCUCUCAUCCCACCUUUCGAGACCAUCUUCAGUCUCGUCAGUCAUGCGGAUCUCCGUCAUGGUCCUCUGGGUGGAUGCAUCGACGGCAUGCUACUAUGUGCGGUUCAACUGGCCACAUUCAUUGGAUACUAUGAAGAUAGCACCGAAGACACGUUUCAAUGGCACAAUGCCGAUGCCUGCCUCGCCGGCUUGGGCACUGGUCUUCUGUCCACCGUUGCCGUCUCUGUCUCCCCCACAUUGGCCGACAUGCCAGUCACUGGAGCGGAGGUUGUACGGAUCGCCUUCAGACUAGGCAUCUUGGUCCAUGAGGUUUCGCGAAACCUGCAAGCUCCGGCCUCUGACGGCGGCCCUGGAGAUAGUUGGGCCUAUGUUGUUCCCGAUGCUGUUGCGGACGAUGUUCAGUCCGAGCUUGAUGCUUUCCACAAUGCCAAGAAAACUCCUGAAUCGAGCAAGGUGUUCAUCAGCGCCCUGAGUCGAACGUCCGUAACUAUCAGCGGCCCACCUACUCGGCUCAAAGAUCUCUUCCUCGUUUCGGAUUACUUCCGCGACCGCCGAUUUGUUCCUCUACCGGUCUACGGGGGGCUAUGCCAUGCCAGCCACGUAUACAGCAAGAAGCAUGUUGACAGCAUCGUAAAUACCGAAUCCAGCAGUCUUGUCUCACUAGAUUCCCGGCUUGCACCGCGUGUGCCCAUAUUCGCCACCAGCAAUGGAAAGCCCUUUCCCGCGAAGACCGUGAGCGGCCUAUUCCGCGAUAUCGUCGAAGAGCUUCUCACUCAGCGCAUCGAGUGGGACAAUGUCAUCGAAGGGGUCAUCCAACAUGCAAAAUGCACGGCAGUUUCCGAGACCUUGGUGCUUAUGUUUCGAACAUCUUUGCCGGCCCGCGACUUGGUGGAAGCCCUGAACUCGGAGUCUCUUCCCUUCAAAGGACGGACGCAAGAUCUCGUGCCAUGGGUCACCAAGCCUCAGGCAGAGCAGCGAGGGCCGAGGGGCCCCCAGCAGGCAAAGAUCGCCAUUGUAGGAAUGUCUUGUCGGUUGCCUGGAGGGGCCGAUGAUACUGAGAAGUUUUGGGAAAUCCUAAACCAAGGCCUUGAUGUGCAUAAGAAAAUCCCCGCUGACCGGUUCGAUGUCGAAACCCACUGUGAUCCUUCUGGAGAACGCCUGAAUACAAGCCUGACACCAUAUGGCUGCUUCAUUGAUGAACCAGGGCUAUUCGAUGCACCAUUCUUCAAUAUGUCUCCGAGGGAGGCAGUGCAAACCGACCCCAUGCAGCGACUAGCAAUUGUCACUGCAUAUGAAGCCCUGGAGCGCGCUGGUUAUGUAGCUAACCGGACGGCCUCUACUAACUUGCAUCGAAUCGGGACCUUCUAUGGACAGGCUAGUGAUGACUACCGCGAAGUCAAUACUGCUCAGGAAAUCGGGACUUAUUUCAUUACUGGGGGCUGCCGCGCGUUUGGCCCUGGUCGAAUCAACUACUUCUUCAAGUUUUCCGGACCAAGCUACAGCAUUGAUACGGCUUGUUCUUCUGGCUUGGCCACCAUUCAUGUUGCGUGCAAUUCUCUCUGGAACGGUGAUACCGACAUGGCCGUGGCAGGUGGAAUGAAUGUGCUCACCAAUUCUGAUGCAUUUGCUGGGUUAAGCAAAGGCCACUUCCUUUCUAAAACGCCAAAUGCAUGCAAGACGUGGGACUGCGAAGCCGAUGGAUACUGUCGAGCAGAUGGUGUUGCCACUGUUAUUAUGAAACGCCUGGAAGACGCCGAGGCCGAUAAUGAUAAUAUCCUGGGUGUCAUCGUCGCUGCUGGAACGAACCACUCCGCCAACGCUGUUUCUAUUACGCACCCCCACGCUGGACAUCAGGCAGACUUGACCAGAGAGAUUCUAUCCAAAGCGGCUAUCGAUCCGCUUGAUGUCUCCUAUGUAGAAAUGCAUGGGACGGGCACGCAGGCAGGUGAUGCACAGGAGAUCCAGUCAGUUGUUGACGUGUUUGCUCCCUUAUCAAGCACAAAACGUCGAGCCACAAAGCAGCCACUAUACAUUGGGGCUGUCAAGGCAAAUGUUGGUCACGGUGAGGCCGUGGCUGGCACAACAGCGUUACUCAAGGUGCUGCUGAUGCUGGAAAAGAAGACAAUCCCACCGCACGUGGGCAUCAAGAACUCCAUCAACCCGGGGUUUCCCAAGGACCUUGAUAAAAGAAAUCUCCAUAUCGCUUACCAGUCAACCCCUUGGGUCCAGAGCUCGAGCGACAAAAGACGCGUGGCUGUUGUGAAUAACUUCAGUGCAGCGGGGGGGAACACAAGUAUUGUUCUUGAAGAAGGACCAGUGCGGUCAAUUCAGGAUAGCGACAAAGACACUCGUCCAAUGCAUGUUGUUGCCGUGUCAGCCAAGAGCAAGGUUUCAUUGAAGGGCAAUUUGCAGCGUCUGAUACAUUACCUCGAGUCGAACCCAGAUGUCUCACUUUCCCAUCUGGGAUACACAACAACCGCUCGGCGCAAUCACCACAACCACAGAGUAGCAGUGUCCACAUCGGCUGUUCCUCAAUUGGUACGCCAGUUGAACUCGCUUCUCCAGUCAGCCGACACUCACAAACCUAUUCCCUCAACUGGGGCCCCGCCUGUUGUUUUUGUUUUCACUGGCCAAGGGGCCGCCCAUCGGUCUAUGAACCUGGAGCUCUUCCGUGAUUCGCCUUGUUUCCGAUCCCAAAUGUUGUAUCUCGACUCUCUUUGCCAGUCCCAGGGAUUUCCUUCUAUCAUCCCUGCGGUUGAUGGGAGCCAUCCGCAGGAUUACACUCACCCGCCUACUGUCACUCAACUGGCACUUGUUUGCAUCGAGCUGGCGCUGGUAGCAUACUGGGAGUCUCUUGGAGUGCGACCUGAGGUUGUUGUCGGACAUAGCCUAGGCGAAUAUGCGGCCCUGCAUGUUGCAGGCGUGCUCUCUGCAGCGGACACGAUCUACCUCGUCGGCCAGCGGGCCCGGAUGCUCGAGAAGAAAUGUCAGAUAGGGAGCCACAAAAUGUUGGCCGUCCGUGCCGCGCUCGACGAGGUGCAAUCAAAAGCGAAUGGAAAGCCAUUCGAGGUCGCCUGCCUGAAUGGACCGAAGGACACCGUGCUGAGUGGGACGGUGGGUGAAAUGGAAGCUUUGGCUGAGGAGCUAGAACAGUCGGGCAUCAAAUGUUACCAUUUAGAUGUGGCAUUUGCAUUCCAUUCUGCGCAGACAGAUCCCAUUCUGCACGAAUUGGAGGAAACCGCACAAACCGGAGUCUUGUUCCAACCUCCAAGGCUACCAAUCAUUUCACCCCUACUUGGUAAGGUCAUAUUCGAUGAGAAGACAGUGAAUGCCAAGUAUAUUUGCCGCGCAACACGGGAGACGGUCAAUUUUGUGGCUGCUGUGGAGAAAGCACUUGCUAUGUCCACGGUGGAUGAGACCAUGGUCUGGAUUGAGAUCGGCCCGCACCCUGUAUGCGUAGGGUUUGUACGGUCAAUCAUGUCUACUAUGAAUAUGGCAGUCCCGUCGUUCCGCCGCGGAGAGAAUAACUGGCAGACACUAUCACAGAGCCUGGCUGCGGUGCACGCUGCAGGGGUAGAAGUGGACUGGAAUGAAUUCCACCGUCCCUUCGAGCAUGGCCUGCGGCUCUUGGACAUACCAACAUAUGCGUGGAACAACAAGACACACUGGCAUCAGUACAACGGUGACUGGGCGCUCACGAAAGGUAAUAAUUACUAUGACUCCAAGAAAAAGUCGGCUGCGGUUGGGAGUCCUUUGGCUGCGGCGCCUGUUUCCAGCUUACGGACAUCAUUGGUUCAUCGGGUUAUUGAAGAGUCAUUUUCAGGCACAGCUGGAAAGGUCAUCGUGCAGUCGGAUAUGAUGCAGGCGGAUUUCCUGGCCGCUGCUUGGGGACAUCAGAUGAAUGGAGCUGGUGUGGUGACUUCGUCCAUCCACGCCGACAUCGCAUGGACCCUGGGAAAGUACCUUUUGGAUUCCCUGAAACCCAAUAGCAAGAAGAGUGUUGUUGAUAUGGAAAUCUCCAACCUGGUUGUGCGCGAGGGUCUGGUGGCUCAAAAGAACCGCAGCGUCCCUCAGCUCAUCCAGGUCUCCAUCUCGACGGCCGACAUCGACUCGGGCGUGGCCUAUCUGGAGUGGCAUAAUGUCACCAAUGACGGCGCUUCACUCGCCGAUGAGGAGCCCAUUGUGACCGCCCAGAUACGGUACGGCACGGCGGGCGACUACCUUUCUUCUUGGGUUCCAGCCCUCCACCUCGUCCAAGGUCGCAUCGAGGCGCUCUCCCGACUUGCGGACGAUGGCAUUGCCAACCGUCUAUCCAACAGCAUGGCUUACCUGCUCUUCGCUGACCGGUUGGUUGACUACGCUGACCGGUAUCGUGGCAUGCAGUCGGUGGUCCUGCACGGGCUGGAGGCCUUCGCCGACGUCAGAACCAAGCCAGACGAUGAAGGCGGCGUCUGGACAGUGCCUCCAUUCUUCAUCGAUUCCGUCUGCCACCUUGCUGGCUUCGUCAUGAACGUGUCAGACGCCAUCGACACGAAGAACAAUUUCUGUGUCACCCCUGGGUGGGGAUCGCUGCGCAUGGCGCGUCCGCUUGUCGCCGGUGGGAGAUACCGCUCCUAUGUCAAGAUGAUCCCUACUGCCGAGGAUCCGACGGUUUACCUUGGGGAUGUCUAUGUGCUGGAGGGCGACGAGAUCAUAGGGGUCAUGCAAGCGAUGAAGUUCCGUCGCUAUCCUCGAGUAUUGCUCAACCGAUUUUUCACCCCGGCAGAUAUCAAGAACCCUACAUCUGGAUCCACGUCUGCUGCAAAUGGUGCCAGGAGCAACGCCCAGAGCACAAAGUUGGUGUCUGCCCCGGCGCCGCUGCCAAAGCCAGCGAAUGUGGCAGAGCCGGUACCGACACCAGCUCCAGCUCCAGCACCAGCUCCGGAGCCAGUCCCUGUGCAGGGAAAGAAGCAAGACACGGCUGCACCCCCCGUCGUCGCCUCGGACAGCACUGCAUCAAAGGCAUUGGAGCUUGUGGCAGCCGAGGCUGCCAUUGAGCUCUCUGAAUUGCAGGAUGAUGUCAGCUUUGCGAGUCUCGGGGUUGAUAGUCUGAUGAGUUUGGUUAUUGCGGAGAAGCUGCGUCAGCAGUUGGGGAUUACCGUGAGUGGGAGUCUGUUUUUGGAGUACCCGACUGUUCGUGACUUGCGUGUGUGGUUGGAUGAGUACUAUAGCUAG